AUGGUGACAACAGCACAGAGCCAAUGCCGCCAUGCCACCGAGGUAAGACCGCCGGAGGCUUGCCUCUGGCCUCAGACACGUUUCUUUUUCAGAAACAGCAGCACUUCAACCGGUCGAAGCUGCUGGAGCGCAUGGUUCAUCCUUGCUAACAGCUCAGGUGGAAGCGGCGCGUUUGGGCACUUCGAGGUCACGAAGGAUGUAUCUGACUUGACAAAGGCACACUUUUUGCGAUCACCGGGCAUCAAAACCCCCGUGUUCAUUCGCUUUUCCACCGUUACUCUUGGGCGAGAAUACCCAGAUCUGGCGCGCAAUCCCCGUGGUUUCGCCGUCAAGUUCUAUACGGGUGAAGGCAACUACGAUAUUGUCGGAUUAAACUUUCCCGUUUUCUUCUGCCGUGAUCCUAUCCAAGGCCCUGAUGUGAUCCGGUCUCAGUACCGGAACCCGCAAAACUUCCUGCUCGACCACAACUCCUUGUUCGACCUGCUUGCGAAUACUCCCGAGGGUAACCACGCUGGAAUGAUGUUCUUUAGCGACCACGGCACACCGGCCGGCUGGCAAAACAUCCACGGUUACGGCUGCCACACGUUCAAAUGGGUAAAUGCCGAGGGCAAAUUCGUCUACAUCAAGUACCACUUCCUGGCGGAUCACGGCCAAAAGCAGUUCAACGCAGACGAGGCUCUGCGCUACGGCGGCGAAGACCCAGACUACUCGAAGCGCGAACUCUGGCGGACUAUCGAGAACGGAAAGGAGCUCAGCUGGACUGCCUAUGUGCAGGUUAUGAAGCCCGAAGAUGCCGAUCCGGAGAAACUGGGUUUUGAUCCUUUUGAUGUGACGAAGGUUUGGCCGAAGAAGCAGUUUCCGCUGCAAGAAUUCGGGAAACUUACCCUUAACAAAAAUCCAGAGAACUUCCACCGCGAUGUCGAGCAAGCCGCUUUCUCGCCCGGCAGCAUGGUCCCUGGCAUUGAAGACAGUCCCGACCCCCUCCUCCAAUUCCGCAUGUUUUUCUACCGCGACGCGCAGUACCACCGAAUCGGUGUCAACCUGCAUCAGGUCCCAGUGAACUGCCCCUUUAUGGCCUCCUCCUACUCCUCCCUCAAUUUCGACGGCCAGCUGCGUGUUGACGCAAACCACGCCAUGAAUCCACAAUACGCUCCCAACAGCUUCGUGCACAAAUUCCGCACCGAUACGGCCGAGGCACCCUACCAGCUCGCUGACGGGACCGUCAGCCGCAAGUCGCACUUCUUCCACGAGGGCAAAGCGAGCGAGUACGACCAGCCGCGGGAGCUCUACGAAAGGGUCAUGGAUGAGAAGGCAAGACAGCACUUACAUACCAACACGGCCAGACUCCUGAAGCUGGUCGAGUAUCCUAAGAUCCAGGCCAAGUAUCUAGGACAGCUGUUGCGGAUCUCGGAGAAGUAUGCGCGCGGCGUGUAUGACUUGCUUCCUGAGAAGAAGUUUGGAUUUGAUGAAGUGCAGAGCUUUGCUAAGGGCGCAGAGGUCGCCGGCAAGGAGGCGAAGUUCCGGCCAAACAUGCCGACGGAUAAGCUGCUGGGCUUGUGUCCUGCUAUGGCGGUUUAUGGGCCCUGACUUUGCUGCAACUAGGAAUAGUUCUGCUUUGAAACUAUACGAGAAUGUACUCCCUAUUGUCCAGUAUAUAUUCUCUGUCUAUCUCAAGUGUUCGUAUGCGAUGACAGUCGAUGCCCUAAUAAUAUCAUUUCCUCUA